AUGGCUUCCAUCAAGUCUCUGCUAAAUCCGCUUCCCGAAAUUCCUCAGUUUUCUCCUCCUGCGCCGUUGCUGGCGAGGACUCAGCGUCCCGUCUCGUCGAGUCCCCCUCUGGAAAAGAGGCAGAAGCUUGCCAAAGAUGCUCCCAUCUUCACACGUGGUCGCAUCCGUGGCGAGCUUCGCUAUCCACCGUGUGAAGAGCGUGAUGUUGAGUUGGAGAGGAUUCAGCGCGAGUUCAAGCUUCAUCCCACCAUGGGCAGCAUCGCUGAAUUUCCUCGACACAUCCCCUACAGCAGUGACAAGAAGAGUUUCCAGCAGCUCACUGGCAGAGAAUCAUUUGAAGUAUUCCAGUACACCUUCCAGUUGCCGGGUGAGGAAAAGGUGUGGACUGUGAUGUGGGACUAUAACAUUGGACUCACCACUCCGGGCAAGAUGAUCAAUUCCAACCCCGGUCUCAGAGACAUCUGCCACAGCAUCACAGGCGGAGCGCUUGCAGCUCAAGGGUAUUGGAUGCCGUUCGAAGCAGCCAAAGCCAUUUCGGCGACCUUCUGCUGGAAAAUUCGACAUGCCCUGACACCACUCUUCGGCUCGGAUUUCCCUUCGCUGUGCAUACCUCCAGAGGACAGUAGCCGGUUUGGCCGCAUGAUCAUCGACCAGGCUAUCGUGAAGAGAGCCACGGAGACUGCCAACUACUAUCGCUCGCUGGCGCUCCAGAGCGUACCAUGUUCCUCCACGGCAACCAACCAGUCUCGAUCCGUCACCCCGUACAUACGGCGCGACGAACAUCCCAGCCACUACCCAGCUCGUGCCGAAAUGAACAUGCUCCGUCGCCACAUAAUGCCUAGGCCUCCAAAUCGCCGGUAUGCGGGCAGUGUCAGCAGCGAGUACGGCUCGUCCUCUGAGGUCUCAGACCGAUACUGCGUUUCCCCUGGCAGCCCCGUCCGGAACGCCUUCACGCCAGUCAACGUCCCGCGCUCCUCGGACUUUGUUCCCCGUUCCCACCACAUCUCGCCGAUGGAGAUUCUUGCGGCGCUGCAGAGCAAGCACCAGAAAAUGUUGCCAUCGGCUACCAGCGAGGACGAGUCAGAGACAGACGCCUCGUCGUCGAAUCUGUAUUCGGAAGUGUCGCGCACUCCGACGGACUGGCUGUCUCCAGAUGUUGACACGGCACUGGAGAUCAAAGGUGCCUCUGCUGAGGAUGCUGAGGAGAGUGCCUCUUCGGACUUCACUUCCCUGGACGGCGAUGGAUCUCUUUAUGACGACGGUGACGAAGACUAUCGUAACCCGAGCGUUGACAAGGACACCACCAGCAAGCCCUGCACAGACCAGUCUAAUGCAUGCACCGUUACCACUCGAGCCAGUGGUCGUAUGGCUCCUACUUCGUUUGCCCGAGAGGUCAAGGCGGCUCAUGCCCUACUCCACUUGCACAUGCAAGAGGCGAUGGCUAGCGAUACCGAUGUCGACGGUGGCAGAGAAGGUGCUCAUUGCUCCCUUUUUGGACCACGUUCUCUCGACAGUACCAUCGGAUCUCGGAAGAGACGCCGUGCCUCCCUUUAA